UAUUUUUGAAAAUACAAGUUAGAAGAAAAAGUUUUGUAUAUAUCUUAUGACCUAUAAUAUUAAAUAACUUUAAACGUUUACUAUAUACUUGGUUUGGAAAUUUAUUGUUUUACAGAAAGCCAUAUAUUGCAUUUGCUUCAUAGAAAGGCUGUUUGUUGAUAAGUGUAGCAUUGUAGAAAGGAAACAUAACGCCGAAAAAUUUCAAUCUAAAAAGUACUCGAUUGAUUGUGCUAAGUAUUUUCAAGUUUCUGUAAUAAAAUGGCUUUAUCAAAAGUUGAGCUUGCUGCGUUGUUGGAAUGCAAGAUUUGUUUGGACAUCUAUCAUGAGCCUAAACAACUGAACUGCGGGCACACUUAUUGUCAAGGUUGUCUAGAUGGUAUUUUAGUAUUUAUGGAAGAUGGGAGUGCUGAACUGCCUUGUCCAGUGAGGUGUACCAAAAAGACAACAAUUACUCACGAACAAACAACAUCCUCGUUAAUGAAAGUGUUCACAUUAACUGGCAUUUUGGAAAAAGUCUCCCCUGGUGAAAAAGUUAAUUCUUUAUGUCAGCAAGACUGCAACCAGAUGAUCAACUAUUCCUGUACAACAUGCAGUUUAAAGAUCUGUGAGAAAUGUCAAAACCUUCAUUCUUGUUCCAAAAAAUCAUAUAUCAAUGUCAUUUUCAGUCAAAAAUUGCAAGAACUCCAACCAUUUUGUAAGCAACAUGACUCGCUUGCAAAAUUUGCCUGUAUUGAUUGUGAAAAUUUGUUAACAUGUGUUUAUUGCAAACACCGACAACAUAAGAAUCACAGAAUUAAAUCGAUGGAUGAUUUUGGCCUGGAAGCCAAAAAGUGGUUUCAGUCGUUUAUUACAUCAUUCAAUGAAACAAAAGUGGUGUUGGAAAAGUUAACAAGAAAAUACAGUGACGCUCUAACAAAUUUGGAGAAAGAAAGGGAAGUAUUUGUUCAAAAAUUAAAAGAUAGAAAGUUAAAGCGACUAGACGAAUUUCUAAAAAUAUUAAAUAAAGAAGAAGAAGAUCUAUUGCGGAUAUUCGAUGAGAAAUCUGAAGAAUUUAAAGCAAAAUUGAUUAAUGAUGGUUUUGUCGACAAUAAGAAAGUACAAGAAUUUACAGAUUACGUUCAAGCUUUUAAUUUAAAAUCUUAUUUUGAGUUAGUUACUGAAAAGUUGGAAAUUGAACGACAACUUCGCAGGCUAUCCUCGUUUCCAAGAACUAUCCCAACAUUCAAUUCACAUCUUCAUCAAAUAAACAAAGCAGAUAUUUUGUCAAAUCCAUUGGGCGAAAUAAAUAUUUCAAUAGAUGACGUCACCACUGUUGGUGUAGAUCCCAAUGAAUGUUCUGUUUAUAGAAACUUGAUUGAUGAAGUUGAAACCCAACCCAACUAUUCCCAAUUAACAACUGAUCUAAUGAACUUAGUUGAAAGUCUGAAAAAGUACGAGAAACCAAUUGUAAAUCCUUCUUCUGGAAAACAACAACAGAAUGAUGUAAAGGCAAAAAGUUUCCAGCAUGUUAAGAAGAGUUACUCUUUCGAAGAACUUGAAAAAAUCAUUAAAAAUGGCGAUGUCAAGACAUUUCAAACAAUUCUUAUUGAUCAUCCAAGUAUCGUUAAAAUGAGAAGUGUUUAUGAAAGAACACUGUUGAUGGAAGCAGCAUAUCACAACAAUCCAUUAAUAGUGAAAUGUUUGAUUGAUGCUGGUAGCGAUGUGAAUGCUGUGGAUAAACGUAAAUGGAAUGCAUAUCACUACAGUACAUGUUAUGGUCGUCAUGAUGUUUUGAAAAUUUUAAUUAAUCAUGACGUCACAAAUAUAAACAAUGUAGGCAGUUACAAUGACACACCAUUACAUCUUGCAUCUUGUAAUGGUCGUAUUGAUUGUGUGAAGUUGUUGUUGUCGAUACCACAUAUCGAUGUCAAUAUACGAAACUGGCAGAACAAAACUGCUUAUGAUGUUGCUUGUAAUAACAAUAUCAAGCGUUUAUUACAAGAACAUUACAGAAAUUAAGAACAUUUUCAGAAAAUUAUAUUUUUUAAUUUACCUAAGCAAAUUAUUAAAAGCAUAUAUCGUCUUUUUUAUUAGAACUAUAGGUUAUUGUAGAAUAGGUUUCUUAUUUAUUUCAUAUUAUUUUGGUGAGUAA